UCUGAUUUUCUUCCGGGCGGACGCGGGGCUAGAAGCAGAGGUUCCGGGUUCCGGGCUUCGGAAUGAAAGGAGGGAAAACAGACAGCUGGCAGAGAGAGAAGUUGGCUGCCAUGGAAUCACCAGAGGAGCCUGGAGCAUCCAUGGAUGAAAACUACUUUGUGAACUACACUUUCAAAGAUCGGUCACACUCAGGCCGUGUGGCUCAGGGCAUCAUGAAACUGUGUCUGGAGGAAGAGCUCUUUGCUGAUGUCACCAUUUCGGUGGAAGGCCGGGAGUUUCAGCUCCACCGGCUGGUCCUCUCAGCUCAGAGCUGCUUUUUCCGGUCCAUGUUCACUUCCAACCUGAAGGAGGCUCACAACCGGGUAAUUGUACUGCAGGAUGUCAGUGAGUCUGUCUUCCAGCUCCUGGUUGAUUAUAUCUACCACGGGACUGUGAAACUUCGAGCUGAAGAGCUGCAGGAAAUUUAUGAGGUGUCAGACAUGUAUCAGCUGACAUCUCUCUUUGAGGAAUGUUCUCGGUUCUUGGCCCGCACCGUGCAGGUGGGGAACUGCCUUCAGGUGAUGUGGCUGGCAGACAGGCACAGCGAUCCUGAGCUGUACACUGCCGCCAAACACUGUGCCAAGGCCCACCUGGCCCAGCUGCAGAGCACAGAGGAAUUUCUCCACCUGCCCCACCAUCUGCUCACUGAUAUCAUCUCAGAUGGAGUUCCAUGUUCUCAGAACCCAACAGAGGCAAUAGAAGCCUGGAUCAAUUUUAAUAAAGAAGAAAGAGAGGCUUUUGCAGAGUCACUCAGGACUAGCUUGAAGGAGAUCGGGGAGAAUGUGCACAUUUACCUGAUCGGGAAAGAGUCAUCUCGUACCCACUCGUUGGCUGUGUCCUUACACUGUGCGGAAGAUGACUCCAUCAGUGUAAGUGGCCAAAACAGCUUGUGCCACCAGAUCACUGCAGCCUGCAAGCAUGGUGGAGACUUAUACGUGGUGGGAGGGUCCAUCCCACGGCGCAUGUGGAAGUGCAACAAUGCCACUGUGGACUGGGAAUGGUGUGCACCUUUGCCCCGGGACCGGCUCCAGCACACCCUGGUGUCUGUGCCUGGGAAAGAUGCCAUAUAUUCAUUGGGUGGCAAGACACUGCAGGAUACCCUCUCCAAUGCAGUUAUCUAUUAUCGGGUAGGUGAUAACGUCUGGACAGAGACAACCCAGCUAGAGGUGGCUGUGUCAGGGGCCGCUGGUGCCAACCUUAACGGGAUCAUCUACUUACUAGGGGGGGAGGAGAAUGACCUGGACUUCUUUACCAAACCUUCCCGACUCAUCCAGUGCUUUGACACAGAGACAGACAAAUGCCACGUGAAGCCCUAUGUUCUGCCCUUCGCAGGCCGCAUGCACGCAGCUGUGCAUAAGGAUCUGGUGUUCAUCGUGGCUGAAGGGGACUCCCUGGUGUGCUACAAUCCCCUCCUAGACAGCUUUACCCGGCUUUGCCUUCCUGAGGCCUGGAGCUCUGCCCCAUCCCUCUGGAAGAUCGCCAGCUGCAAUGGGAGUAUCUAUGUUUUCCGGGACCGAUAUAAAAAGGGGGAUGCCAACACCUACAAGCUUGACCCUGCCACUUCAGCUAUAACUGUCACCAGAGGCAUUAAGGUGCUACUUACUAAUUUGCAGUUUGUGUUGGCCUAAGGCUAUAGGGGAAAAGCAGCUGACUUUUGCCCUCCCCUUUUCCAGCACCUAUCCAAACUCGAAGUCUCUGGGGCCCCGAUCAGAGUACUAU